UUAUGAACUUCCUUCCGUAUUUUAUAUUUACAACAUUACAGAUAUGAACUCAAUUUAUUUUCGACUAUUAAUGAGUAUUUGAUGGAUUAAGUAUUGCAUGUAGUUUGUUGUUAGAAAUAGAUUAAGUGUUUAAUUAUACAAGGAAUUCUUAUUAGAGUAUGUUGAGUAAAUAAAGACAUAUUCUAUUUUUAUAAUAUAUACGAAAAUGUAUGUAGACACAUUUUGUAGCUGAAUGAUUUAUGAAAGUAAAAUAAAACACUAUGGAUUUUAAUCCUAGCAGCUCAAAUGAUCUCUGCUUCGUAAACGUUCAUGAACGUUUAGAUUGUUAUAAUGGAUUUUCUGCCCCUUUACCAAUCUCUCCCUCGAGGGAUAAAUCGCUGACCUUCAGAAAAUUAAUCAUCAAGCUGCAAAAAGAAAUAUGUGCCGAAGAUUUUCGAAAGGUGAAGUUUCUAUUUGGAGGAGAAAUAAAGAAAGGACGAAUGGAAAAGAUUUUGAAUCUAAUGGACCUUGUAACUGUCCUGAAAGAAAGAUGUUUACUUGACGAGGAUUCUAUGACUAAUCUUGUAGAUACAUUUGAGAUCAUAGAAAGGGACGAUCUGGUGCAAUUAGUAAGAGAUUAUGAAGCUGGCUGCAGCAGCUUGACGUCAACAAUAAUAGAUUCUAUUGAGCAAAACGAAUCAACUCCAGCCGAGUGCCCAAGAGUCGACACACAGCAACAUGUUUUUAUAACCAACGAACAGGGAAAAGUCGAAGAUACCUCAGAGCAACAUUUUCUGCAAGAAGAAAACAACACAUUUCCGUCGACGACAUUGAAGUCAGAUGAUGAGACACCUGCCAUACUGACAAUGGAUCAAGGGACACAAACAGACGUGGCAUUUGAGUGCGACCACCUUUCACCUGAUCUUCAGAAUGAGGAUCUUUUACAAUUGUUGUGCAAUGAAUCACUGCUGCUUUCUGGCGGAUUUGAAUUAUUUGAUCUUAGAAACAAACUUUCUAAGCUACAUAUGCUCCGUAAUGAACAGGGCCUAAAGUUUUUGCGGUCUAAACUAUUGCGUUUGUACCCGCAGUUGUUGUAUUCAGAUAUAUAUAAUAAUUGUUAAAUAAAAGAGUCUAUCUUGGAGUAAAAAGAUAUAUACAUCUUCUUUAAUUCGCAAACAAAAUGAUUUAAUGUUAAUAAAACGUUAAAAGUUGGGAUCCCACUACAAUAUCAAUGGUCUAAAUAUAGAAUGAAGAGUUCAUGUGUAUUACGUGCACAACUGAACACGCGCGUUAUACAUGAUGCAUUCGUGCCUUGUCACGUGCGAGUAUGACUUAAGCUUUAUUUAGGUUUUUACAAUUCAUAUGCAGAUAAUGAACUGUUUUGAAAUAAGUAAUUUUAAAUACUGUUUGUACAUAAAUAUAGAAUACGAUGAUAUCGAGUAGCUUUAUUGAUAUUGCUAACUGUAAAGAAGCUCCACUAUGGUAAAAAAACAACUAAAAGCAUAAGGUUUAAUUACUUACAUAGCUCAAAUGAUUUACAUAAAAAGGUAAAGGAAAAACUGGAUGAGGGAAUGAUCUGUAAAUGUGCACACAAGUUAUUGUUUUAGACCUACAUCAAAUGGGAUACAAAUCUCGGAAUAAAUAUUUCAAGUACGGUCAUUUAAAAAAAACCCUUAGAUUUUUGACACAAAGCUAAUUCAAUUUUAUUAUUUAAUAUUCGGGUAUAAACAUUAAGAUUAACAUGGGCAUUUCAAAGCAUGUACAUAAAACUUAAUUUAUGUAUCUUCAUACUUAAAACAUACCUUAUAACAUAAUUGUUAUCAUUAUCAUUGUUGCAUAUAAGACCUUUUCAUCACCAUCGUUAUCAUCUGCAGCAGCAGCACCACCACCACCACAACCUUCAUCAUUAUCAUUUUUAUAAUAUCAUCAUCAUUUUAUCAUAUCAUCAUCAUUUUUAUCAUAGCAUCAUCAUCUUCAUCAUUUAACUUCAUUUGUACUAGGGUAGAAAUUGAAACUAUGUUAUAGAUGUAAUAUAUUGUUGGAAAUUUUUUACAGCAUUUUUGGCCAUCAUAAAUGACGGGUACAAUUAUGAUACAAUGUAUUAGCAUUGCAUCAUUGACUUAGUUAUCAUAAGUCAAUUAAAUAAAAAAUGACAGUUUUCAUCAUUAUAACAGUUGAAUUACUAAUAAUUGAUAAAAUGUUGGAAAGAAAAUAAACAAAAUAGAUUUUUAACCAAAACAUAUAAGCGACCAAAGAAAGAAAGGAAAAAGGUUUAAUAAAAUUAGAAAAGCUUUUUUUUCUUAAUAUUUUUUUAUCUCUUACAGAGAACUAAGUUCUACGGGUAUAAACUGUAUUAUAGACAUGUAGGACAAUGCUUAGUUCACCUUUAUUUAGUUUAGUCUGUUCUAUCGGUAUUACUCAUGUUUGUUUUACUCUAUUCUUUAAUUUGUAUAUGCAUCAUCAUUAUAGUGUAUUUAGUUUAAUGAGUUGCUUGAAACAUACUUUUAUGUUAACAAAUAAAUUAAGAAAAAAGAA